UGUCCUCCUUUCCCCAAACUUUUUAUCCCACCCACUCCUGGAGAGGGUGGUCCAUUCACACCAUGGCCUAGAAGUGUUUCAGUUCAAAAACGCCACAACAACGAGACUCUUAUAAUAUUAUUUCACGGAUGUGAAGGUGCCGCUGGUUGCACAGACACGAAGAGCGGAGUGGUGGAAAGAGGCCCGCGGGGCUGCGAGACUCGUCCAGGGCGUACAGUCAGUCAGCGAGGCUCUCGGUCCGGGACCAGGCUGCACACAGGAAACCUCCGCGCACUUUGGGAUUCCGCCGCAUAUUUUUGUGAACUCCGGUCGACAUGGAAGUCUCGCGUUUCCCCAUCCUUUCCUGGGUGUGUUUAUGUGCGCUUUCCUCGCUGGCGAGCUGUGAAGACCCGCGUAUCCCGGAGGAUAAACUCUUAGUUUUGACUGUUGCAACCAAAGAGACUGAUGGCUUCAGGCGUUUCCUGAGGUCGGCCAAGCACUUCAACUACACUGUAAAAGUCCUCGGCCAAGGCGAGAAGUGGAGGGGAGGUGAUUACAUGUCGGCUCCAGGAGGAGGUCAGAAGGUUCGCCUGCUGAAAGACGCUGUGGUGGAGUUAAAGUCCGAGGACCAGGUCAUCCUUUUCAUCGACAGCUACGACGUGGUUUUUGCCUCGGGUCCUAAAGAGCUUCUCAGGAAGUUCCAGCAGACCAAACACAAGGUGGUGUUCUCCUCAGAGAGCCUCAUCUGGCCAGACAGACAUCUGGAGGACAAGUACCCCCAUGUCAGGGAGGGCAACAGGUUCCUGGGUUCAGGAGGUUUCAUGGGCUACCUUCCCAACAUCAGAGAGAUGGUUGCUAACUGGACGGGAGCAGACAGCGACAGCGACCAGCUCUUCUUCACAAAGGUUUACAUAGAUCCAGGUCGAAGGAAGGCCUUAAACAUCACUCUGGACACAAAGUGCAGGUUGUUCCAGAACCUUCACGGAGCUCUUGAUGAGGUGGUGCUGAAAUUUGAAGACGGUCGAGUCCGGGCCAGAAAUGUACAGUAUGACACCCUGCCCGUCAUCCUCCAUGGGAACGGACCAACUAAGCUCCAGAUUAACUACCUGGGUAACUACGUCCCCAACUCGUGGACGUUUGAGACCGGUUGCACCGCUUGCCUCGAGAACCUGCGUUCACUCUCAUCCCUGAAGGAAAGUGAGUACCCUCUGGUGGUGAUCGGGAUCUUCAUUCAGCAGCCAACACCAUUUGUAUCUGUCUUCUUCGAACGUCUUCUGAAGCUCCAGUACCCGAAGAACAGACUGAAGCUCUUCAUCUCCAACCAGGAGCCUCAUCAUGAGCAGCAGGUCAGCUCCUUCCUGCAGAACCACGCGAGUCUGUAUCAGGAUGUAAAAUCCAUCCGGCCUGAGGAGGAGAUGGAUGGAGCAGAUGCUCGUGACUUGGCCUUUGACAUGUGCCGGAAAGACAAGGAGUGCGAUUAUUUCUUCAACUUGGACAUUGAGGUGGUCCUAAAGAACGAGAACACAUUGAAAAUCUUGAUUAAGCAAAACCUGCCCAUCGUGGCGCCCAUGAUAACUCGAGUGGGCCGACUGUGGAGCAAUUUCUGGGGGGCUCUCAGCGAGGACGGCUACUACGCCCGAUCUGAGGACUACGUGGACAUCGUCCAAGGACGGAGAGUGGGUUUGUGGAAUGUACCGUAUGUUUCCAGCAUCUACUUGGUGAAGGCGAGCCUGCUGCGGGCAGAGCUGAAGGACUACAAACUGUUUACCUCGGAGAGCUUAGACCCCGACAUGGCUUUCUGCCACAACGUUCGCAGCAAGGGUGUCUUCAUGUACGUCAACAAUUUACACACGUUUGGCCGCAUUCUGUCAACAGAGAAGUACAAGACAGAACAUCUUCACAAUGAUCUGUGGCAGAUCUUCGAAAAUCCUCUGGACUGGCAGGAGCGUUACAUCCACGAGAAUUACACCCGCAUGAUUAAGGAUAAGCUGAUUGAAAAUCCGUGUCCAGAUGUUUACUGGUUCCCACUGUUCAAUGACGUGGCCUGCGACCAUCUUGUUGAAGAAAUGGAGCACUUUGGCAAGUGGUCAGGAGGGGGAAAUGUGGAUACCAGAAUCCAGGGGGGCUAUGAGAACGUCCCCACCAUCGACAUCCACAUGAACCAGGUCAACUUUGAAAAGGAAUGGCAAAAGUUCUUGCUGGAGUUUGUUGCACCCAUCACAGAGAAAAUGUUCCCUGGCUACUACACCAAGGCUCAGUUUGACUUGGCCUUCGUGGUCAGAUACAAGCCAGACGAGCAGCCCUCUCUGCGGCCGCAUCAUGACGCCUCCACAUUCACCAUAAACAUUGCACUCAAUCAAGUCGGCACUGACUACCAGGGUGGUGGAUGCCACUUCAUCCGAUACGACUGCUCCAUCCAGGCCCCCCGGAAAGGCUGGGCCCUCAUGCACCCUGGCCGCCUCACUCACUACCACGAAGGCCUGCCCACCACUGCGGGGGUCCGCUACAUUGCAGUGUCCUUUGUGGAUCCCUGAACUUCACCACCGCAUAUUCCAGACUGAAUGGGACACUGUGAUGCCCAAAAUAAUCUGACAUUUUUAUUUUAUUUUUUUAUCUCCAUCUCCAAAACAUUUGUAAGUAGUUCAAUCACCCGUACUCCAUGUUGACUGUAAGCUUUAGUUUGUCGUCAUUUACUAACAGAGCUGGGGAAGCUUUAAUUCUAACAUGUGAAAAUACAACAACUUCCUGGGAACAUAAAGAAGAUGGGCUCUAAAGAUUCCUCAACAGAUUGUGCCUUGUUUGUAGCAGUUUUCCCGGUCUGCACCUGGAUCCAGUCAUCUUCGAGACGGGCUCUCAUGUCUCAUUGAAAGCACCAGAGGGGUAAAACCAUGUUAGUUUGGAAGUGGGAGUUGAGAAUGACAUUUCACCUCAGCUGUGCUCCAGUUAAGAGUCCCAGAAAUAAAGCGAAAAGGAGUGUGAACCACUCGCUGAAACCAUCCUGACCGGUCGCUUGUUUGUGACCAACUGGCUGUUUUUCUAACUUUACCUGGAUUUUUGGCGAUAAAUGAAGGAAGGUGAUCAAAUAAAUUCUUCAGAUUCUUCAAAUUAUUCUUCAGUAUUUUGAGACAAGAGGGUGUCCCUUGUGGUCAAAUGAGGCAUUGCAGAUAGGCCUGUUGCAAAAACAAAUUUUGCUGGGCAACACAUUGUCCCAGAAAUAAUUGCAAUGACGGUUGAUAUUUCAUGACCAUAUCCAGAUAAUAUAGUAGAUGUUCUGACUUGAUACUGCAACCCAUAAAAUGUCGUCAUUCCCAGUUCUUCCUCAAAGUAAGUUGUAAAAGUAAAUGGAAUAAAGGUUCUCGGUGCACGUGCAUCCUGGGAUUUGUAGGCCACUGUAAUAUAGAAGUUUACAAUCAGUGAUUAGAGUGAAGUACAUAUCUGAUUUUAAACUGAAGACGUAUCAUUGAUUCUCCAGGGACCACCGAGGCUCCAGCUUGGAUUUAACGAAUCAUUUUGUUCUCCUGAUCAUCCUCUCUGACAUCCAGACAGCCAUCUUUACAGCAACCAUAGCUUACAGCAGGAGGUGAAGUAGGUUGGGGUUUAUGGAUCAGAAUCAGAUUCUCUCAGGAGAAAACCCUUAGUUAUUUUUAGUUGCGUCUAGUUUGAUGUUAAGCUUUGCUUUAAACUGCAGCUGCUUGAAUCACCAGUGCCUUCUUCUGUAUCCUAGCUGUUUUACUGAAAUACUCCAAAGUAAGUUUAUUUCUUUUUAUAUGCUAGAUGUGAAUCAGCUGGACUACCUGCAGCUGCUUGGAGUCAGAGCUGCGGUAUGGAAAUGACCUGUAACACUGUUUGUCUCAUUAAAAAGUUGAAUGUGUUUUAUGGGAGAGAUUUGAAGAAAACAAUAAAGUGGGGAAGCCAACCAA